UAACAAAACUAGGAGAAACAACGAAACUUACUUCUCGAACGAAAAAAGAACAAAGUAACUUGUUGACAACAUUGUGAUCUGAAGAUUAUAAAUUGAAUACUCGAUUCUCCUAUAAAAAACAAAAGUAACCAAUAACAAAUAAGUUCCACUAAUUUUGAUUGGAUGAUACUUGUAUUUAUAUUAAUUUUGUCCAAUCAAAACUUUAAUAUAUAAUAUUUUAUAUGUUACAAUUUGUAUCAUACGUAUUUUUAUAUAUAUUUUUAGAUACGAAUUAUCUAGUUUAAAAUCACAAUUUUGAAAAAUUCAGUAAAAUUAUAUUUUAUCAAUUGUAUUUAUAAAAAAAAACAUUACAAAAUAAUAAUGUCAAAAUAUUCUGAUAUAUUGCCUCAGAUACAAAAAACAGAUUUGAAUUUAAAAAUGAUAUUAGAUGAAAUAUCAAAGAUGAGAGUUAAAUGUGCUCAAAUGCAAUUGGAAAUUUUAUGCCUGUAUAAACCACAGUGUUUACAAAUACUUGAAAUGUUAAAAACAUUAGAACAUGAUCAACAUUCUUUUAUUGACUUACCAUCUAUACAAGAAUCAAAUUUGUUAUCUGAUAAUACAUCAUGAAUUAUUUAAACUUACUAUGUUAAUUUAAAUAUAUUAAAUAUUAAUAGGCAUUUUUCAUUGUUCAGUUUAUUCGCAUUCAAAUUGUUCUUUAUUUUUGUUAAUUAUAAAUUGCAAGAAAUGGGAUAUUUAUGUUUAAACGUAUUAUAUUCAGAUUAUAGAAUACACAUGUAAAAUAUCAAUACAAGUAUACA